CAGCCAAAAUCAAAAGAACUUGUUCGCCACUGUCGCCCGCCCCCUCUGUCGAGUCAUCUUCUCUACUAGUCUCCCUUCCCCGCCGCAUCCGCUGCCGGAACGCCGUCAACGCUCCCUUUUCUUUCUUAUCUCCCUCCCUGCUGUAGCCACAGAACCCGUGCCACUGCCUACCGCCUUCAGCCCAGCUGCUCGACGCCGAUCUCCAUCUCCCAGUCGCUCGCUGCUUAGGGUUUUUUUUUCCUUUGAUAUCAGGGCCAAUUCGGUGGAGGACCGGAUUGUCCUCAAUCUGAAGAUAUAGAAAAGCCCUCAUUUCUCUCUACCCAGGGAUUCGCUAAUUCUCAAAAGAAAUUUCUAUGGGGAAGAACGAAUUUCUAACCCCUAAAGCAAUCGCGAACAGAAUCAAGGCAAAAGGGCUACAGAAGCUGAGAUGGUAUUGUCAGAUGUGUCAAAAGCAGUGCCGAGAUGAGAAUGGCUUUAAAUGUCACUGUAUGAGUGAAAGCCACCAGCGCCAGAUGCAGAUCUUUGGCCAAAAUCCUCAUCGUAUUGUUGAAGGCUACUCUGAAGAGUUUGAGAGUUCUUUCAUGGAGCAUCUUAAACGUAGCCAUCGAUUCAGUCGUGUGGCAGCUACAGUUGUCUAUAAUGAAUACAUUAACGACAGACAUCAUAUUCAUAUGAAUUCAACGCAGUGGGCUACUCUUACUGAGUUUGUAAAGCAUUUGGGUCGAACUGGGCAAUGUAAGGUAGAGGAAACUCCCAAGGGUUGGUUCAUUACUUACAUAGAUAGAGAUUCAGAGACACUUUUUAAAGAGAGAAUGAAAAAUAAGAGGAUACGGGCAGAUUUAGCUGAAGAAGAGAAGCAAGAGAGAGAGAUAAAGAAGCAAAUUGAGAGGGCUGAGCAAUUAGCACCUUUGGCUUCUGUAUCUGCUGAGCCUUUGGAGGCUGAACAAACGAGAGAGUUGAAAUUGGAUAGUGGGGUUAAACUAGGAUUUGCUUUGGGAACAUCAUCGAAAUUGAAGGAGAAAGGAGAGAGUUCCAGGGUGGUUUUUGAUGAGGAUGAGACACAUGAGACUGCCAAGGGGAAAUCUGGAGAGAAUUCCAAAAACAAGAUGGGUGGUGGUGGUUUGUCAGCUUUGGAGGCGUUGAUGAGAGAAGAAGAGAUGAAGAAGGAGAAGCUUAAUAGGAAGGAUUACUGGCUUUGUGAGGGAAUAAUUGUGAAAAUCAUGAGCAAGGAUUUGGCUGAGAAGGGAUACUAUAAACAGAAGGGAGUUGUAAGAAAAGUGAUUGAUAAAUAUGUUGGAGAGAUCGAAAUGCUCGAUGGCAAGCAUGUGUUGAGAGUUGAUCAAGAAGAAUUAGAAACAGUGAUACCACAAAUUGGUGGUUUAGUAAGGAUUGUAAAUGGGGCGUACCGUGGAUCAAAUGCUAGGUUGUUGGGUGUUGACACUGAUAAGUUUUGUGCUAAAGUUCAAAUAGAGAAGGGUGUGUAUGAUGGCAGAGUGCUUAAGGCUGUAGAAUAUGAAGAUAUUUGUAAACUCACAUCAUAACUUUGAGAUAAAAUAGAAAACUCACUAUUUGUAAUUUUGUUCUCAAUAUUUUCUUUAAGCAUGUUUGUUCUAGUUUGA